AAAAAACUAUAGUUAAAAUUAUUACACACUAUAAUUCGACUCCCUCCUCGAUAAUUUUGUAACUAUAGUCUAUUUCAGAAAGGUGUAAUAAAAUGGGGAAUUCCGUCCAGUUUCGGUGUCGGCUAUAGGUGUAGGUUAGGGGUUCUUAAACUAUGGGGUCGUGACCCCAAAUGGGGUCUCGUAGCAAAAUUCUGCGGUCGCGAGAGAUUUUAAUGUCAAAUAUUUACAUAUACUAUUUUAUAACAUCACUAGAGUUAGCGGAAUAUAGUGGACUUGCAGCGACUAGACAAGUGCAUUUGUUGAAGGUUCUGAGCUAUCUCCACCGACAGCAGUAAACGAUCGAUGAUCGCUAUUAUUAUACUGUGGCUAUACAUUGUUAGUGCGUUUGUCGGUAUCAUAUAUGUUGAAUAAACCACGAGCCGCUGACUUCCCACUCUGACCGCCACCUCUAAAUAUCACACACAAUCAAAGGGGGAAAUGCGCGCGCGUACACACGUGCAAUCUGCAGCUAAACAAUGAUUCAAUAACACUGACUGUAAUGUGAAUUAGCGGAGUGUUGACGCUCUUCAAGUGUGGUCAAUUGUCAGUGUUCCGCCGUAACAAGAUUUUUUUUAUUUAUUCGGAUCAAAAUAAUUUUUGUCCAUGGAUAAAUGGCUGAACUUAAAUAAGAAUGGUAAUGACGCAGAUGAUAAUGCAGGCAGGACAAAGUAUUGGAAAACAGGCAUCUAAUGCGCGAAAAAGAAAAUAUGAUGAGUCUUUCCUUCAAUUUCGAUUUACAUUUCAAAAUUGUAAGGGUAAUGAACAGCUUCUUUGUUUGUUUGUUUGAAAAAUUCCUUUGUCGAACAACACUCUCGAAUAGAAUUUCUGAUAUUAACAAGGAUCAAUUAGUACAACUUAUUACAAGAAUUAAAGAAAGCCCAAAAUUUUCAAUUCAGUUGGACGAAAUAACUGAUAUUACUAAAUUGGCUCAGUUGUUAGUAUAUGUCAGGUACGUUUAUAAAGAAUGCGUGGAGGAAGAAUUGUUGUUUUAUCGUCCUAUGGAAGACCAUACUUCAGGGAAAGACAUAUGUUGUAAAGUUGACGAAUUUUUAAAAGCAGAAGGUUUAGAAUGGAAAAAUUGCUGUGGAAUAUGCACAGAUGGUGUAAGAGGGAUGAAGGGCAAAAAUAUUGGUUUUAAAUCAUUUUUUCAAGCUGUUCAUUAUGAUCAUAUAACUUUUACUCACUGCCUUAUUCGCCGAGAGGCUCUUGCAGCAAAAAAAUUAGCACCAGAAUUGAACGAUAUGCUUCAGGAUGCUGUUAAGAUCAUAAAUUUUAUUAAAAGCCGUGCCCUUAACAGCCGCUUAUUUCCAAAUCUCUGUAAGGAUACGAAUUCCAACUACACAACUUUGUUAUUACAUGCAGCAGUAAGAUGGUUGUCAAGAGAUCAAAGUUUAAGAAGAUUAUUAUUAUUCAAGGACGAGAUCGAAAUAUUUUUAACCGAAUGAAAAUGUGAACUUGCUGCUUUUUUUCAAAAUGACUUAUGGUUAUCCAAGCUGUGUUAUUUGUUAGAUAUUUUUGCGAAGUUAAACGAUCUCAACUUGUCUCUUCAAGGAAAAAAUUGCGAUAUAUUUACUUCAAAUGAUAAAAUUGAAAGUUUUAUUAAAAAGAUCAACAUUUGGAAAAGUAGAGUCGAAAAAAAUUCGUGCGAAAUAUUUUCCAGUGUCGACAAUUUUAUAAUCGAGAAAAUUCAUUGUAAAACUUUUAUUGCAAAAAUUAUUGUAAAUCACUUAAAACCGCUAGAAAUACAGUUCCAUACAUAUUUUAUAUUAAAUAUUUUUUUCCAAAAAAUAGUUUGGAUUCAAAAGCCGUUUUGGAUUGGCUUAAGUGAGAUUGAUCACCUGCUACUUAGAGCUCAAGAGGAAUUUGCUGAGCUUUCGAGUGACUCAAACUCAAAACUACAAUUUCAUAAGCUAUUGACUGAAUUCUGGAUCGGAACUAGAACUGAAUUUCCCACAAUUGCUAAUAUGGCUUUAAAUGUACUUAGGCCAUUUAACACCACAUAUUUAUGUGAAGUUACUUUCUCAGUUUCAAACAUUCCACCAAGAUCUGAUUUGUUAUGCAAUGAAAAACAGGCACAUCCAUCUCAUUAAAUUUUUUACUUAUAUUUUAAUUUAAUACUUACCACGCAACUACUUGAAUAUAUUCGAGCGAAUUAAGAUGGUCAGAAUCCACUCUUAUUUUUGAAACUAUAAUAAAUACAAUUUUAUAAUUUUUUGUGCAAUUUUUAAAUUUAGAUUUUUGUAUGUUUCAAAACGAAUUCUAAAACUAUAUAUUUUCAUAUGUAUAUGUAUAUUGUUACCUAAUAAAUAAAUCAUCAAAAAAUAUUAAUUUUUCUUUUAUUCUAUUUAUAUGGGGUCGUGAA